AUGGUCAGUAGCUCACACUCAGCUGACAUGGAGAUACAACUGUAUAACUGACCGUGUUCCUCCGCUCUCCCCCGUUGUACCCGGCACACCGCACUGGCUCCGCACCCCCGCCCCGACGCGAUCGCGAUCAUCCUCCGACGCCCUAUGCCUAACCUACCUCCACCACCUCCCAGGCUUCCCCGUCUACACCCUACCAAACUCCCCGAGCAGACCUCGACAUCACGCUCCCUCCUCGUCCGUUCCUGCCGCCGCUGCACCAGCCGCUCCCCUCGACGUACACGCCCAAACCCGUCGUCGGCCCCGCGUUCAGCAUCGGCCUCGUCUCGGCCGGCUUUGGUCUCUUCAUCUCGAGCAUCAAGAACAGUCUCGAGUCGCACAACAAGGGCGCUAUGGGCGUCUUUACGAGGACGGGGUGGAUCAUCGGCUACUUUGGUCAGUUCAGAGCCGCUGCCGAGACCGGCGGGCACAGGGCUCGCGGCGGGGGUGUCGAGUGCAGUACAGCUUUGUAAAGAGUCUCUGUAUUGCGUUUACAACCGGGUUGCUACCUACUGCGACACUACCACCACGCCCCGAGCUGCCAGCGCUUUCACUUCCGCAACCGAUUCGAGCAGCUGACACUCCCCUUCAUCACUUCUACCCACAGCCACGGCCGGGUUCGUCUACACCCUCGUCGACAACAGCGUGUCCAACAUGAUCGAGAACUCAACAAACGGCAUCGCCGGCGCGACAGGUGGAUGUGCCGCCGGCUUCGUCUCGGGCAUCCGCAACGGCUCGUUAUCUUCCGCGAUGGGCUUGUGCGCCUUCAUGGGUGCCGCUGUCGGGACGUACGAGUUGGCGGGAGGGAGCUUGGGUAAUGAGGUGAGGAAGGAUAGGAAGACGCGAGAUGAGGAACGAAUGAGCUUCUUCAAGAAGAGGCCAGAGACCCAGGAGGAGUAA